UAGGUAAUUCCCUCUAUUCGGCCCUGUCCUUAUAACCAGAUCCAGGAGAGUAUGGCAGGUCAAAAGGAAAUCUGGGUUAUUUGAAGUGAGCUCUACAUCGGGUAUUGGCGUAGAGACAUCAGUAAUGGAAUGUCAUUCGCCUCAUGUAACACAGGAUAAAUCGAUAGUCGGUAUUACACCAUUGGUCCCUGAAGAAACUAUGGCUCCCUCGUCAGAGUUGAAGGAAAAAGGUGUACUGCCGAGGUCUGAAGGAGAUGUAGGAUCUACUAUCACCCCAGAGGUGAAGGGACUUGUUGUCACCCCGGAAUCUCCAAUGGGGACCCCGAUACCAUUGGAGAGAACCAAUGGAGUUACUGGAGAACCAAUAGGUUUGGCGUUGGUGCCUUGUGUAGAUGAAUGUCUAGAGUCGAGAGUGCAGGUUGAUGGGGAUAUUGUGGCUCCCCUGGUCUCUCUUCCUCCAAUAGCGGAUUGGAUUCUGCCUAAAGUUAACGAGAUUCAGUCGUUCGUGGAAAUUUCACAUGGAGGAUGUGAAGACCAAUUUAACGAACUAAUUACUGUGAUCGAGCCAAGCCGCACACUUGAAAUCAAAUCAAGCUUCAAGAAAAGCAGGGAGUUACAGCGUCUCUUUUCGACAAUCAACUACGACGCUAAGGGUGGUAGUUCAACUAGAGGGAAGUCUAAAGGGAAGGUAUUGUGAAGACGAGAAUCAAGGUGUUGGGGUUGGUGUUCGGGUAGAGUUUUAGUUCUAUGGGAAACAAGGAUUGGGGUCGGGUCUGAUGUACUUUGGGUUGGUUUUUUUAUGGGCUUUUUGGGUCAUUAGGGGCUUGUUGGGUCAUUUUGGGCAAUGUGUUUUCUUGUAUACAUUCAGUGUACUUGGUUUCUCCUUUUGAUAUAUACAAUAUUUUUACUUAU